CUCUCUCACAACAGAAGCGAAAAGAAGUCAUUUUUUCCAACUAUUUUCUCUCCUUCUCCUGUUCAAAGCUCUCACCUUCCUCCGUAGCUCCCACUCAGAACUCGUAGCUAAAAGCGAUGGAAUCAAGCUUCUGUUGGGAAAAUAAAUAAAUAAAUGAGAAGCGAAAAAGAAGUAAUAAUUGCGUAAUGUGAGACAAAGUGGAUGGACUGGAGAAAAUUUGAUGUUUAACUGUUUGAAUUUGGGGGAUAUAUUAAUUUUGAUUGCUACUGUUGGGAAAAAAGAGGACAAAAAAAGAACGAAGAAAUAAUUGGGUAAUGCAAGAGAGUUAGAGUGAGAGAGAAAUUGAUUUCUAAUUGGGAGCAGAUUUCCACUGCUUUUGUUGGGAAAGAAAAACGACAAAAAACAAAAACAAAAAAACAAAAGAAAUAAAUAUGGGCGUGAUAUAGUGGUGAAAAUUUGAUCUCUAACAUAAUUGGGAGAGAAGAUUAAAGGUAGAAAUGGAGGCGAAAUUUGGAGGCAAGGGUCGUCACCACAAGCAUUUAUGUGGGCCAGUGGUCGGUGGGAAGAAGAGCUCUUCAUUUGAGUGGGAUUUGAAUGACUGGAGAUGGGACGGCGAUCUCUGCACAGCCACGCCGUUGAGCUCACUCCCCGCACCGGCAUCCGCACCCGCACCCAACUGUUGUUCCUCUCUUUCGGACGAGAGAGAGGAGCGGGAUUCGGAGAAGCGAAGAAGGGAUGCGGUGGUGGUCGGUGAGAAUAAUGGAGAAGAAGAAAAGGGGUUGAAGCUUGGCGGGCAAGCCUACCCCAUUAUAGCAGAAGAAGGGGAGGUCAAGGCUGGGAAGAAAUCCAAGGUUGUGGGGACGGAGACUGCUGCUGCUGCUGCUGCUAUUGCUGCUGCUACUGCUGCUACUACAGGUUUGAAUUCCGGACGCAGCGCAGUUUGUCAGGUGGAGGAUUGUAGAGCUGAUCUCACCAAUGCCAAGGACUACCAUAGGAGGCAUAAAGUCUGCGAUAUGCAUUCCAAGGCGAGUAAAGCGCUUGUUGGAAGUAUUAUGCAGAGAUUUUGCCAACAAUGCAGCAGGUUUCAUGUUCUUCAAGAAUUUGAUGAAGGGAAGAGGAGUUGCCGUAGGCGUUUGGCUGGUCAUAAUAGGAGGAGGAGGAAAACACAUCCCGAAACCACAGUCAAUGGAGGCUCUCUGAAUGAUGAAAGGGGAAGCAGUUAUCUAUUGAUAAGUUUGUUGAGGAUACUCUCCAACAUGCACUCAAACAGCUCAGAUCAAACGAAGGAUCAAGAUCUUCUAUCGCAUCUGUUGAAGAGCCUUGCCAGUAUUGCUGGUACAGUUGACGGAAGGAACAUAUCAGCACUUCUGCAGGGUUCUCAAGGGUUAGUUAAUGCUGGCAUGUCCGUUGAGGCGUCAAAAAAGCCGCUAGAUAUGAUUUCUGAUGGCCUUGAACCCUGUAAGCCUUAUGGUUCAACAUCUAAGGUGGACAAUCCCACAAAUCUUGAGGCACCUUCAAACUUUGAAGGGCAAUGUCCAAGAGUCUAUGUCUCAGAUAUGGCACCAACGAGAAUAUCUUCAGGUGCAGGGUUGAUGGAUCCACUUCAGUCAGUAGACAGCUUGAAAGCAAAAUCCAUCUCACCGGACAAGAUAGUUGGGAGGGUUAAAUUCAAUGACAUCGACUUGAAUAACAUAUACGAUGAUUCACAGGACCAUGUAGAAAACCCAGGUAGUUCUCAAUUACUGGUAACUUCAGAAACGAUGACCCCAGAAAAUCCCAUGUGUAUACAGAAGGGAUCGCACAAGCCUAGCCCUUCUCAGCCAAGUCAGAACUCAGAUUCAGCCACUACUCAGUCACCAUCUAGUUCCAGUGGAGAGGCUCAGAGUUGCACUGAUCGAAUUGUCUUUAAACUCUUUGGAAAGGACCCAAGUGAUCUUCCUUUUGAGUUGCGAAGACAGAUCCUUAACUGGUUAUCCCGCAGUCCUACUGAUAUUGAGAGUUACAUACGGCCAGGCUGCAUCAUAUUGACAAUAUAUCUCCAUCUAGAAAAAUCAACUAGGGAGGAGCUAUGCUGUGAUCUGGGUUCCAUUUUGAAGAGGAUGUUAGAUGCAUCUAACGAUCCUUUCUGGAAAACAGGAUGGAUGUAUUCUAGGGUGCAGAAUUAUGUGGCAUUUACAUAUAACGGUCAGCUCAUCUUAGACACGCCUUUACCUCUAAAAAGCUAUAAAAGCUGCAGAAUUUCAAGCAUCAAACCAGUUGCAGUUUCAUUGUCAGACAGAACUCAGUUUGUAGUGAAGGGCUUUAACCUAUUUUGUCCCAGCACGAGGUUACUAUGUGCAUUAGAUGGGAAAUAUCUGCUUCAGGAAACUUGUUAUGAGUUGAUGGAUGAUGCUGAUGCGACCAUUGAGCAUGAUGAGAUCCAAUGUCUCAGAUUCUCCUGUUCUAUACCAAGUGUUACUGGGAGAGGAUUCAUAGAGAUUGAAGAUCAUGGUCUCAGUAGCAGUUAUUUUCCGUUUAUAGUUGCUGAGCAAGAAGUAUGUUCGGAGCUUUGUAUGCUGGAGGGUGCAAUAGAGCUGGAUGAAACUGGUGAUGUUGGAGGGCAAGGGAAUAGAGUGGAAGCCAAGAACCAAGCCAUGGACUUUAUACAUGAAAUGGGUUGGUUGCUUCACAGAAGUCAUGUCAAGUUUAGACUGGGUCAUUUGGAUCCAAACUCUUCUCCAUUCCCUUUCGGAAGGUUCAGGCGGCUGAUGGAAUUUUCCAUGGAGCAUGAUUGGUGUUUUGUUGUAAAGAAACUCUUGGGCAUUUUGUUCGAGGGUACUGUUGACGCUGGAGAGCAUCCUUCGAUUGAGGUGGCAAUAUUAGACAUGGGUCUCCUCCACAGAGCAGUAAGGAGAAACUGCAGGCCUAUGGUAGAACUCUUGUUAAAAUUCGUCCCGCAUAAAGCUAGGGAUGAACAAGGAUCAGAGGAGAGCCAAGAGGUUGACAAGGGCAGUUGGAGCUUUUUAUUUAAACCCGAUGUUGGAGGGCCCAUGGGGCUGACUCCUCUUCAUAUUGCAGCCAGUCUGGAUGCCUGUGAGAGUGUAUUAGAUGCUUUGACGGAUGAUCCUGGAAAGGUGGGAGUUGAAGCGUGGAAAAGUGCACUGGAUGAAACUGGGUUGACGCCGAAUGAUUAUGCAUGCCUGAGAGGCCACUAUUCCUACAUUCAUCUUGUGCAGAGGAAAACGAGAAAAGGAUUGGAAAGUGGGCAUGUGGUGGUCAAUAUCCCCGGAUCACUGUUAGACUCCAACACAGAGCAGAAGCAACCAGACGGGCAUAAGACAUCAAAAGUUGCCAGCUUGGAGGUUGGCAAGUUCCAAACAAAAACAAUGCAGCAACAUUGCAGGGUGUGCCAGCAGCACAAGUUAACUUAUGGAAACAGGAGUUCACUGGUCUAUAGGCCAGCGAUGCUCUCGAUGGUGGCGAUUGCUGCCGUCUGUGUGUGUGUCGCUUUGCUCUUCAAGAGCUCGCCGGAAGUGCUGUAUGUGUUCAAGCCCUUCAGGUGGGAAAAGUUGAAGUAUGGAUCAAGCUAAAAUGGUUAUUUCUUGUUAUUUUACAGAAGCUAUUAGCCUUCUUUUGAUCUUUAUCCAUUUCCCUCAAAAGAAAGACUCUAGGAAGCAUAACGUAUGUACAAAAAUGGUGGUAUAUGUUGAGUAUAUACAGUGAACAAUUUAAAACAUGUAUAGGAGUAAUUUCAGUAAUAAAAUUAAGGGAGGAAACAGACUGAGUAGUAUUUUUGGAUUUUGUUACGUGAAUUAGAUCUUAUUACUGAACUGCAUUUUGGAGUUAGUUGCCCAAAAAAUAAAAAGGGAAGGAUUCUGGAGCUCUCAAAAUGCUUGGCCUUGAAUGGUUCGGACACAAUGUAAUUUUGCAUAUAGAAAACCAAAACUCCCAACAUAUUUUCCAGUUCAAAGCGAUACCGUUGUUGCUCUUUGAGGCUAAUGACUGUUGAUUUAUUUGAUAAUGGCUAAAAGCUAAUUGAGUUGGGUACGAUUUAGAUUUGUAAUGACUGAA